AUGGCUCGCCUCCCCCGAUAUCCGACGAACCCCGUCGGGCUGAAUCGCGACGCGGAUGCCGCCCUCGAUGCUUUGCUGGCCUACGUAGCGACGUUCUUUCACGGCGCGCCCCGACACCAGAAUGGAGGAUCAUCUGCGCUGCAGUCCAACGGGCGCCUGAAACGGGCUCUGGCCCCUUCCCGACAGGCCGCGAUGCGCUCGCCCGCAUGGCAAACAACCUCACGUUACUCUACGAGCACCCAGCGGAGGACUUUCCACAACUAUUUUGUGACACACCUGCCCUCGUCAUCGGUGCACCCGGACUCUCGCAUCAAGCCCGGCACCCAUCACAAACUCCCUCGGUCGGCAUCGACGCCGCACACGCCGACUCCCGAGUCGAGCCCCGCGGUCCGCCCGCCCAACAUGCCCAUGCGCGACCUGACCGUCGUGAGAAUCCCCCUGCGGAGCGCCAAGCACCACUUCGGCGCCUACAACUCCCGCGGCUCGCGGUCGUACAACGAGGACACCAACCAGGCGGGCACGAUCGACAUGCCGGCGUUUGCUAAGCGCGCGCCCAUGUCGCUGGUGCGGUCUGCCAUGUCGGACAGCAAGAACCUCGGCGAGGGCAUCAAUGCAGAUAGCUCAAAGGGCGACCCGCAGAUCUUCUACUUUGCAGUGUUUGAUGGCCAUGGCGGCGUCGAGUGUUCCAACUUUCUGAGGGACGAAUUGCAUGGCUACAUCGAGCAGGCUGCUUCGGACUUUGAACUGCAGAGUAGCUUGAGGCGGGACAGCGAACAAAAGGGACAUGAGGCGGAUGGAGACCGGCAGCCGGUCAAUUUGGAGGCGUCUGGCGCAGGGAGCGGCUCAAAAAAUGGAAGCACGAAAGAUGUCAAAAUGAAGAGCGGGCAGGAGGUCAUGGCAGAAAUGGAGCUGCCAGAGCAGAACGAAGGCGGCGUAUCGGAGGAGGUCGCGCGCAUGGAAUCGAUCAAGUCGGACAAGCCCGUCCACGUCAAUGCGAACGUACCCCGGGCUCUGCAACUCCAGCGCGAGCUUAUCAAGCAGUACAAGGACACGGUCGGCGGGUACUUUCGACGAUUCAAGCCGGCCCAUUUUCACCUGGGCGAGAACUCGUUCAACGAGACUCAGGUCAGCGCCGAGACGAUCCUCAACUACGCGUUCCUGCGCGCCGACCUCGACUUCAUCACGGCGCAGGCGCGCAAGCCCGACCCGGACGACCCGUACGUCGCGGACUUCCCCCUUAACCAGGACGAGGUCCUCGGGUCCCCGCACCUGCCGCCCUCGGGACAGGGCAUCGGCGGCCCGGCGCGCUUCAAGGGAGGCUCGACCGCCUCGAUCGCCCUCAUCUCGACGCCGACGCCCGCGCCCUUCUGGCACCCGUCGGCGCGCAGCACCCUGCUCGUCGCGCACGUGGGCGACACGCGCAUCCUGCUCUGCGAGACGGCGACGGGCCUCGCGCGGCCGCUCACGAGCGACCACCACCCGUCGUCGCCGACCGAGUCGCGCCGCCUGCGCCGCUUCGCCGAGUCGCUCAUCACCGACUCGUUCGGCGAGGAGCGCAUCUCGGGGCUCGCCAACAGCCGCGCCUUUGGCGACAUGCAGUCCAAGCGCAUCGGCGUGUCGGCCGAGCCCGAGACGACGCGCACCGAGCUCGGCCCCGCCGAGUACUCGUUCCUCGUGCUCAUGUCGGACGGCGUGUCGGGCACGCUGAGCGACCAGGAGAUCGUCGACGUCAUCAAGGAGGCCCGCACGCCCGAGCAGGGCGCCAAGGACGUCGUCGACUACGCGACCGAGAUCUCGUCCGACGGCGACAACGCCACCUGCCUCGUCGUCCGGCUGGGCGGCUGGGAGCGCCGCAGCGAGGGCGGCCUCGGCAGCCUGGGCACCAAGGAGAUCCGCGAUGCGAGGAGGGCCGAGGCGCUGGACCCGAGGCGCGGCAGACGAUGA